UGGGCGGGUUGGAGACGCCGAGCCGAAGCGCUGCAAUCGGAGCCUGCAACGGGGGCACCUCCAUCCCGCACACUCACACUGUAGCGUCCCGUCUCCCUGCGCCCUGCCGCCCUGCGCUGCUCUGUUUCUGGAAGGAAGGAGAGGAGAGGAGCCCUGCCUACAGGACUAUGCUGCCUUACAGUGCCCCGCCUGCCUAAAGCCCUCACUCACAGCAGCAGCAGCUCAUCUACUACCGUUAUAUUCCUCCUCCUCCUCCACCUCUCACUCACUCACUCGGGCUGGUGCGCAGGGGCUUCAUAUUCUCCUCCACCAGCAAAGUAGCGCUAUUUAACGCUAGAGGAGGAUACCUCCACCCCCUUUCUCCUGCUUCUCCUGCAGAUACCAGUCUCCUGGAGGACUACGCUGCGAGAACAAGUUCAUAAAUGGUGGAGGCCAUUGUGGAGUUUGACUACCAGGCCCAGCACGAUGACGAGUUGACCAUCUCUGUCGGCGAGAUCAUCAGCAACAUCAGGAAGGAUGAGGGGGGCUGGUGGGAGGGCGAGGUGGAUGGCCGAAGGGGCCUGUUUCCAGACAACUUUGUCAGGGAGAUUAAGAAGGAGGUGAAAAAGGAGGCAAGUCUGGCCUCCCAGACGGCCGGGCCCAAAUCCGAUCUGUCCAAUGGCAGCACCAGCCCCGGGUCAGACUCCUGCCUCAGACCAGCCAAGAAAGGUGAUGCCAUCCGGAAGAGACGCUGCAAAGCUGCCUUUAGCUACAUCCCACAGAAUGAAGAUGAGUUGGAGCUCAAGAUUGGGGACGUCAUUGACAUUCUGGGAGAGGUGGAGGAAGGCUGGUGGGAAGGCAGCCUCAGUGGCAAGACAGGAAUGUUUCCUUCUAACUUCACUAAAGAGAUUCUGGCUGAAGAAGAGGAGCUGGCAACCCCAGAGGAUACACGGAGCACAAAAACAAGUGUUAAGGACAGCACAGGCUCGGAGAGUGAUGGUGGAGACAGCAGCAGUGCGCGUUCAGAUGCGGGCAGCGUGGCCUCCAGCACAGAGAUCCAGCCAAAGAAAGUGCGCGGCUUCGGCUUUGGGGAUAUCUUCAAAGACCAGCCAAUCAAGCUCCGCCCACGAUCAGUGGAUAUGGACAAUGAACUGGAGAAGCAACCGACAGCAAAGAAAGCGGCCCCGGCUGUUGCCCCGGAAACCAUGAAGACGGAGCCUGACAACAAGGCCAGAGCAAAAGAGUUCUGCAAAGUGUUAUUCCCAUACGAUGCCCAAAAUGAAGAUGAGCUGUCAAUCAAGGAGGGAGAAAUUGUCACCAUUAUUAAUAAGGAAUGUGCUGAUGCCGGCUGGUGGCUAGGAGAGCUGAACGGUAAACAGGGUGUGUUUCCUGACAACUUUGUGAAGCUGUUCAUUCCUGAGAUAGAGAAAGAGAGACCUAAGAAACCACCUCCCCCUGCAGCACCGGCGACCAAACACAUCACAGAUAAAAAGACAGAGGUUAAAAAGGUUCCCCCCGAGCGGCCAGAGACCCUUCCACAGCGAGCUGAGGAGAAAGGUGAAGAGAUCCAGAAGCCAUCCUUGCCUGCAGUUCCCCCCAAGAAGCCUUUGCCCCCAAAGAACAACUCUCUGAAUCGACCUUCCUCGCUGCCCCCUAAACGACCUGAAAGGCCUGAGAGACCAGCCGUGCCCAGCAUCCAGUGUGAUAGUCCUGGUGUAACUCCAGACCGGUCCUGUUCAGACAAAUCCAAUGAUAUAGAUGUGGACGACUUCGAUUGCAUCGUCUCAUCCACAGAGAAGCUGAACCACCCCACAGCGUCCAGACCCCGCGUAAUGGACCGCCGGCCACGCUCACAGGUCUUCACGUCUUCCUCUCUCUCCAGUCCUGACCUCCUGGACUCCCCCUCUCCAGAGGAAGAACGGAGAGAGAGGGAGAAGGGAAAGGAGGAGCAGGACUCAUUCACUCCCAAAUCUCUAGACAACUCCAGGAAGAUGCCCAAGGCAGUGCCUGUUAUAACAGUCCCUGAGAAGAGCUCUCUGCCUCCCAAGCCCUCUGCCCUCCCUUCGUCUUCCAGCCCCAGUGGGGCUCCCUUACACCCUGCCCAGGCUGGCAGCGCUGCCCUGAGGCCUCACUCCCCCUCCAUGGACACCAAGGGGAAGGGCGAACAGGGUCCUACGCUGGAUGAACUAAAAACCCAACUCCGAGAGCUGCGGGCCACCGUGGAGCUGAUGAAGAGCCAGCACAAACAAGAGAUGAAACAGCUGGUGAGUGAGUUGGACGAGGAGAAGAGGAUUCGCUUAUCUCUGCAGGUGGAAGUAGAAAAUAUAAAGAAACUCUUGUCCAAAUGAACCUACUGUGCGCUGGAUGUACAAUAACAACAUUUUGCUGAUGCUCGAAGCCGAACCCCAGCCAAAUGAAUCUGUGCCAAAAGAAAGAAAUGAACAAAAAUGAACACCCAAGAACAACAGCAUAGAGAAAACAAACAACUGUUCCCCCUACAUCUGCCUUCAGUCUUUUUGUUGGUCUGUUAUUUUAUUUAGUUUUAUUUUCUUUCUUCUUUUUUUUUUUAAAGCUUUUUAUGUAAUGCAUGGACUGAGUGCACAGACACAGUGCCUGGGCGUUGGUCUCACAGUGGGUACCGUGAGCCAGGACUUCUGGGCCAUGAUGACGGGCUGGUCCACAGAACUAUUUUACAUCGGGGAGUAAACAGUCGCCCUGACAUGCUUUGGUGGUACUGCUUUCCAUUGAGUAACUCAGUGCAUACUCGGCAUUGAAGGAGAAACUGGUGUUUGACAUCAGUACGGCUCACCUUAAGUUCUUUUCUCUUUUCGCCUCACCUUUGUGGCCUUUUGUUUUCAUUUUCAUUAUUCUUGUGGGCGUGUCUACUUGCAGGUCUCUUGCAGUUAGAGAGGCAACCCCACACCGAGGCCUUCUUUAUUUGGAAUAUUCAAAACUUGUGUCUUUUCUUUCUGUCUUCUGCGUCAGUGACGACAAUGAGAAAACUUGUGCUUUGUUUUCUUGAUGCUGUUACUUCUUUUGAGAAAGUCUUCUAUACAUACUUUUAUAUUUUAAUGUACUAAAAAUGCAUUUAUGUGUGAAAAUUUUAUUAAAAAAAAGAAUAUACCAAAACGA